UCCGGUGGCAGGGUCUGGGGAAGGGGCGGUGGUGCCAUGUCCGGCCGCGAAGGUGGCAAGAAAAAGCCCCUGAAACAGCCCAAGAAGCAGGCCAAGGAGAUGGACGAGGAAGAUAAGGCGUUCAAGCAGAAACAAAAAGAGGAGCAGAAGAAACUCGAGGAGCUAAAAGCGAAGGCCGCGGGGAAGGGCCCCCUAGCUACAGGUGGAAUUAAGAAAUCUGGCAAAAAGUAAGCUGUUCCAUGUGCCUGAGGCAAUGAUGACCCUUGAUUCCUAUUUAAACAUCUGUAUUCCCUGCCAUAACAUCUUUUGCCACCUAUAGCUAAAAUGAAGUGUUGUCUUGGAGCCUAUUGUACAUUUAAGAAUAAACUUUUGUUUAAAAAAAAAAAAA